AUGAAAAAUCGCUCAAUCUCUCCCAUCUUCAGCCUCGGCUUUCUACUGUUUAUCGCGUUGAAUAAUCAAGCCCAAGUUGAGUCUCUAGACAUUGUUAUCUUUGGUGCUGGAGACAACCGUAUGAGGCAUGGAACAAGUCUGGAUUUGUACGCACCUGCAGAUCGUGGUUGUGCCUUGUGUCGCAACGAAGAGAAUUGCUCUCUUGCAGUGCAUAACCAGUCAAUGGGCGUGUUUUGUAGCGAUAUAUUGGCCACAUUCCAGCCAUGUUGCUGUUCAUUUCGUAAUGAAUGUAUGACUACAAUCUUCUCCGACUCGUGCGAGUGUUUUGAUGGUAUCAGGAAGGAAGAGAUUAUGACGACAAGAGUCUAUUUGUUUAUGGGUCUUUCAUUUAUUGCUUGGGGAUUUCUUGUCUAUGACAAAAUGUGUGCAGGUCCUUACAAGGUCAUGAACAGCAAUCAUCAGCUUUUAUCAAGUUUACCAUCAGCAGCAGUUCCAAGAGGAGAAGACACCGCGGUUGAUGGUACAGUCGAUAAUGACUCAGAGGAUGGAGAGGUUCUAACUGGUGUUGGCACUGUGGCUGUUGAAAUCGAAGAUGAAGCGCGUGAGCUGCAUGACGACAAUAAUACUACGACCUCAGUCAUUUGUGAUGCCUGA